CUGGGUUAACACGAGCAUUUAUAACCCUUAACAAAACAACAGGAAUAUUUUUUCUUAUAAUUGGAAAAUUCUCAAUAUUUCAAGCAUUAAUAUUGUGUUUUACGUUGGUUUUAACAUUGUUAAUUAUCCUGAGUUAAUGUAGUAAAGGUUUAAUGGUUUAUAAAGGUAUUUUAGAGGUUAAUUAAGGGAAGAUAUGAGUGUUGGUGAGUCAGGAAGAGGGAGGUGAAGGUGUUAUCUUUAUGAUUCAUCUAUAAUAAUGAUAGAGGGAAUUAUAGAGAUAGAGAGACAUAUAGAGUCAGUGAGGUGGCAUUAUACAUACCCAGGGGCAUCAUGGCACCUCCAGCCACCUCAUACCCUCUUAUACCCGGCAAACAUCUUCUUCUAGUAUUUAUUCUAACACCUGUGUUAAGUCAACACCUGCCAGCAGAACACCUGUCUACCCUAGUGGAGGAGAAUUAUACGUUGUGGUGCGGGUUUAGCGCUCAUGAUCUCACCUUCAGUGAAGAUGAGAGUGAAAAUGUGACUUUAUUUGUGUCUGGUGAACCAGAGGAAGAAAUAACAUUAAUGUUUAGCCACGAUGGUGAUAAUAUUCUCCAGGAAAUACCCAAUAUUACUGUGGGUACUGAUGGUGGGUAUGUAGGAGAGAAUAUUACAGUGUCCCUAGUGGGUAUUAGGGUAGGGCACACAGUCUUGCUGGUCGAUGCCACCCCAGGCAACAUGACUGAUGUUUCGCAGGCGUUCGUUCGGGUUUCCGUCAACCAUAAUGAUGAUCUGGACUAUUUUAGCGAUGUUGUCGGGUGGGUUUAUUUCACCGCUUGGUCGGUCUCCUUCUACCCCCAGAUUUACAUCAACUGGCGCAGGAAGAGCGUCAUCGGCCUGCAUUUCGACUUCCUCUCAUUGAAUAUCGUGGGUUUUUUCAUGUAUAGUUUAUUCAAUGUUUGCCUCUACUGGGCCCCAGUCAUACAACGGCAGUAUUUUCUCAGGCAUCCGUUUGGGGUUAACCCGGUGCAACUCAACGAUGUCAUAUUCUCCCUUCAUGCAUUCUUCGCUUGCAGUAUUCAAGUGUUGCAGUGUUGCAUCUAUGAACGUGGCGACCAACGCAUAUCAAAAACCGCCAAGGGAAUUUUAUCCGGCAUCGCGAUGGCCUCGAUACUGAUGGUUAUACUGGGGUCGACUCAAGUUGUGCUCUGGCUGGACUUCCUCUAUUUUGUCUCCUAUGUCAAGCUCUUCAUCACUCUCAUUAAAUAUAUUCCACAGGCCCUACACAACUACAGGAGGAAGACACGUCGGGGCUGGAAGGGAAACAUCCUUUUGGGACUUAAAGGGGGAAUUCUUCAGUGGCUCGAUUUUUUAUUAUUCCCUAAAAACUACAAUGAGGGGGGAUCUAUCUUUGGAGAUCCCACGAAAUUUGGCCUUGGUCUCUUCUCGGUUAUAUUUGAUGUUUUCUUCAUGAUUCAGCAUUACGUUCUGUACCGUGGCACUGAAGGUUAUGAGCGCAACUUAAACUCCCCACAACCUACACACAGCAGUUCUCUGACUGAGUCUGUAUCAUCUGUUGACUAUGGAGCAGUUGGUAGUAUUCAUUAAU